AUGGAGAACCUACAAGACAUUUACUACGUGUACAGGGAAAAUUCAGAUAUCUGCGACUUGAUCAUCAAGAGAUACAAGGAAAAUAUUUAUUUGAGUAUAUUUAACAACAUGCUCAUCAUCAUUAACCCACACGAGUCUGUGCACGCCUUUUAUAAACUGGUAUUCAAAACGAAGAACAAAAAUAAUUAUAUAUUUAGUUCGUUCAUUAAUCAUAUGUUGCAGAAGAAGCUUGGCAAAGGUGACUCCGAAUUUGAGUGGCAGGAAAAUUCGGAUGAUUCUCCUGAUAGCAAUUACAUGGAAGAUGACAAAAAUGUGUUGAGCUACUUGGGGCAAAAAAAAAUGUAUCUGGGAACACGGAACAUUUUCGAUUUUGACAAGUUUAAGAAGAGGAAAAAGAACUUAACAGAAUUGAAGAAGGAAUUAUAUACAAAAACCAACGAUGAAAUGGCGAAAGUGCCCAAUGAUAUUUUGGGCAAUUUUAGAAUAGAUUUUAACGAGCUGUUCAACAUUAGGAUCGACCGUAGGUGGGCUCCUAUGGACAGUCAUAGCAGUGACUCCCUCGGAGGUUCUAUGCGCGGUUCUAUUAGUUAUUCGCUUGGAGGCUCUCCUGGGGGCACUUUUAGCGGCACGGUUGGGGGAACUACAAACGGAACGGUAAAGGGAACUGCUAAUGAUGCUGUUAGAAGUACUGAUAACGGCUCCGUUGGCGGGCCCACGACCGAUGGUAUGGACCGGGGCAGCGCCACCGCUUCCAACUCGAGACAAAGCUCCGUACACAGCAGGAUCGACUACCAACCAAGCAGAGUGUCCAAGAGGUCCAUUAACUCCAGCAGUUAUAACAACCUGGUUAAUUCCAAAAAUCCAAAGCUCAGCACGUCAAAUUAUGGAAACAAAUUGAUCUUCAUAUGUGGAGAAAAAAACAGCAACCCAAAUGUAGUAAGUACUUAUGUAUUCAGGCACAUAAUAAAGAAAGGAAAAAACAAAGAACUGUAUCAUGCGUACAAAACUGUUAUGGAGGUGCUUAACUUAUUUUUUAAUUACAAAUGCUACAACUUUGUCAUACAUCUCAGCAGCAAGAACAAAUUGCUAUAUUUCAAUGUCCUUCCGUGUUUUUUAAGUGACCAAAGCAAUGUGACAAAUAUUUGCACCAAAAUGGGAAACUUCUUGGAGCGCCUAAAUUGGUCAGAUGAGCAGGACAAAGAGGGGUACGCAAAAACGGGGGGCGUUAGAAGUAGCCACGCACAUGUUCUGGAUGAUCAUCACAAAAUGUAUCACUCCGGAAGUAGCAGCGACGGGGGAAGCAAAUCGGGGCCAGGGGAACAAGGGACUUCAAACAAAUAUGAGCACAGGAAGAAAAAAGAAGAAAAAAAAAAGGCACAAAGAGGGGGAAAAUUACAUGCAAGUUCGAAUAACGACACUGAUAGCACCGUUGCAGAGCGCACAAAGCACCACGAACAGCGACACUCAAAGGGAAUAGGAAACCAAGACGAAAUUCUCAAUAUACCCUACAUAUUCUUUUUCCUUCUCCGAAGCACCCUAAUGUAUUGCUCGAAUAAAUACUACAAGCACUUAAAAUUGCACCCAGUUGAUAUAAAAAAAAUUUUUAAGAAUUAUGUAGACACCCCUGCCGACAUAGAAAUAAAGGAAUCCGACAUAAACAAAACGUUUGAUUGUUUCCUAGAACUAGGCUUCACACAGGGAGAAAUCCUCUCAAUGAUUAAGUUAAACUUUGCACUAAUUUUUAUCAAUAUAUAUAUCACCAUAAGGACAUGUUUGCACAAAAAUGAGGAAGAGACACUGAAGUUCCUGCAGCUGCAGAUGAUUAGUGUACAGGACUAUAAAAACUUAGUAAUGUCAAACACGAUGAACAGAGAGGGGAGAAAAGCCUCAUCGGAUUAUUCAAAUCAGAGUUUUCCAGAUUUUUUAAAUUCUAAAAAUGAGAAAUACCUGAGCAGCGAUUUUAGCUCCUUUACGGAUGAAGAAGAAAGCAUAAGUUGCAUUAGGCAGGUUUUGCAGAAUGGGUGUGCUGAAGAACAGCGAACCAAUGUGCGCAACUUGAAAAAUAGGAAGAUGUGCGACUCGUUGGAUGGGAACUUGGAUAUGCACUUCAGCAACAGGAGCCGUCGAAGAAUCGGCAAGGACGACACUGCAGCAACGAGCGGGAGGGAAAAAAGAGACGAAGCAAAUAGGCAUGAUAACCACAUUUACACAGAUACAACCAGGAAAAGUGAAGAGAGAAAGAAAAGAUCCAAUUAUUUCAUAGUAUUCGCAGGACAUAUAAUGGAGGAAUACAUUGCUUUCUUACUAGGUGUAGAUUUAAAGGUGAUGACCAAAAUUUUAAAUAAUAAGCUAAGGCUUAAAAAUCUAUGUUCCACUAUCUUUUUCCGAUUAAAAGUCAGGAUAAUAAGACAAAUUAAUGAGUACCUUAGAACGAACUUCCUGAAUGGUACCGUUUCCCACUCCUUGUAUGUGUAUAGCAAUACUGGGCUGAGUGCAAACAUCUCGGAAGAAAACAAAAAUUCUAGUGGCCAAGAGAAAUACAACAACUUAUCCCAUCUUAUUAACAACAUAUAUAACGAAAUACUGUACCAUUAUUACUUGAAAGUGUCCAUGUUCAAUAUGGAUAGCUAUCUCUUGCAUACAAUAAAAGCAUUAAACGAGUCGAGGGAAGAAAACGAUAACUACGACUCCGCCAUAGGAAGCACUGUAGAGAAGUACAGACAAUUCAGUGAUCACAUCUGUACAGGUAGUAUAAUCAGUUCCUACGUUUCCCAAUUUGGAAAGAAUCCCAUCUUACAUUUGUUAGAAAAAUAUACAUACAAGUUUUUAUGCACCGAGGAAGAUUGCCAUGAGGUAAAGGACAUAAGUCCAUCCGUCUUCCUAAAAGGAGAGUAUUACAAAAUGGUGUAUCUAUACUGGGUAGAAGUUUCACGUGUAGUGAGGCGUCUUACUGAGGGGGUGUAUUCCAGAAGGAUCUGUGAUCAAGGAGAUAGCGGCAAUAGUAGUGAUAGCCUCGAAUGUCAUGGCAGGCGCGAUCGUGGUGACCCCCCUGUGGGAACCAUCCAUUACAAGAAGGAUGAACGGAGAAAUAGCGAAAUAAAAUUGGCUAAUGAGGAGUAUGCACAAAAAAUGCUACUAAGGCUGAUGGAGGAGAUCGCCAAAGCUGAUAAGAAGCAGUGGCAUGUAAGUGGAGACACUUUGGCAGGAAGAGGGAGAAACAAAAUUUUUUCCAUAGUGCACUAUAACGACGAGACGGUUACGUACCGAUGCAACAACAUGAUUCUGGAUAAUGCCAAUGAUUUGUGUGCACUGAAUGAGACUAUACAAAUCAUAGAAAAGAGCGAAAUGAAAUUUUUAAAAAAUUUAUUUUUGGAAAAUUCGUUUCCUCUAAAGAAUUUCAAGAGCAACUUUUUAUACGACGAAAUUUGCUUUUUCUCCAGUGUUAUAAAAAAUACAUAUGAGAAAUUCUUCGUGCUCGUUUUAAAUGAGAGGGAAAGAACAAGACAAGAUACAUUCCUAGUUCCUGAGUACACGACCAAAUAUGCCAGGGACAAUGGCAGAGGUUUGAAUACCUAUUAUGGAGGGAGAACAUCUCGCAGCAGCAGCAGUAGUAGGCAUGGAAGUAAGAUUUUCACGAGGGAUAUAUUCUUCCCCCCAUCUGCAAAUAGGCCAUUUUUUAGUGGCAUGAAAGGGCGAAGCAGAAAAUCUUUUCUCAAUUCUGCUACCAUAUCAGGGGAAGAAAUCACCCAUUUUUCUGAACUGAAAAAAAAAAUAAACAAGGAACAUAUCAAAUCUGUUGUAGACAUGCUAAAUUUGAAACGAAUUUUUAACUACCAGCUGAAGUAUCUGUAUCAUAGUUUGACCUUCCUAGACUUUAUUAAGAAGUAUUUGCUAUUCUGCAUCCACGUCAGCAGGGAUGGGGAUUUGAUUAAGCUCAUCAAUUAUUACGAGCUCAGGUCCAAGAAGAGGAGGCAGAACAGAUGCGUCAGAGGUACAGGGAAGGCUGAACAGGGGGAAAAAGACGCAAUCAUGGAACCCCAUACUAAUGUGCGUGAGAUCGUUCGGGAAGGUGCAAAUGAGCAUGAAAUUGUUAAAGAAAGUGCUAAUGGAAAUGACGCCUCUAGUGAGGAUGGUAAAGCGGUCUCCAGGUCAAAUGGCAAUGCUGUUACUAAUCCAAGGGGGAACUUCGCUUCCAAUGUAAGUGGAGACGCCUCUUCCAACUCAAGUGGGAAUGGAGCCCAAAGCUCCAGCGAAAACGCCGCUUCGCGGUUAAGUGCAAGCACUAAGGGAAACCUGAUCGGAGGAGGGGCUUUGACCAAUCUAGAGAAUACUCCACAAAGACAUGCACCCAAGAAGAAAGAAACCGCAAACAACGCAGAAAAUUUCAACUACUUAAAAUGCCUGAACGUUCAGGAGAAAAGAGAUUUGUGCAAAAUAAUUUUGUACAACUUUAACAUAUCAAAGAAUACGUUUUAUUUCCAGGAUUUUAUUUUCCUAAGUAAAUAUGUUUACUUUAUUUUAGAAAAUUUGAGAGACAAGUAUGUAAAAUCGAUAGUGCCUUACGUCCGCAAAAUUGAGAAUUGCUACUUGUCGUACAAAAAUAGGAAAAUAAAAUUCUUCCUUAGAGACAAAAUUGUUGUUAUUCAAAACUACAUGAGGAGGUUCCUAUUUCUCGAAAGGGCGAAAACAAUGGAGAGAAGGAAAAACUUAUUCGUAUCGUUUAUAAUAUUUUAUAGUUACAUUGUAAAGAACAAAGACUUCGACGAAACGAAGGAGACUUUGGAGUUGUGUAAGGAGAAUUUCAUGAAGAAUGAAAAAAAGCUAAUUAGACAUGCAGCCAGUGUAUACAUACAAUCCUGGUAUAGAAAAAUAACGCAACAAAGAAAAUGUAGAGAGUUAAAAAGGCAACUGUUUCAGAAGAAGGCGGUAGAAAAUAUUAACAGCGCCAUUAGAACCUAUCUCGUUCAGGUAAAAAUUGUAAAAAAUUUAAAUGAAAUAAUUAUCCCUAACAAAUGUGCCCUGUUAAUUCAAUCCCACUUUAGAAGAUACAUCUGUCUUAUAAAUUUCCAGAAAAAACUAUUUUUAAAAAUUUGCUUUUUAUCUAUUAAGAGAAAGUAUUUGUCUUACUCUAAUGUCCUCACUAAGGUCAAUUACCAUUACUUGAUAAAAAAUAUAUACAGUAGAAAUAUCAUUGCGAGUCAGUUUAAAAUUCCAGAAGCGGUGAUUAAAAUUCAGAGUAACUACAAGGCGUAUGUGGUGAGGAAGCAGUUCAACAUGCUGAUAACAGCUAUAUACUUCACACAGGCUUACAUACAUACAUGCAUAGAACGAAUCAGAUAUAACAAAAUGAAGAAAAGUAUAAUUCUAAUUCAAAGGUGGUGGAAAAAUUUUUAUAAAUUAAAAACCAUCUUCUCACAAGUGCAGUUUAACAUAUAUGGCAGUGAGUAUGACAAGAACAAGUAUUACUUUUUACAAAAAAAUAAUUUCCCAUUUUACAAAUAUUAUAUCUUGAAGGAGAGACAAGCUCUGAAACUUUUGACCUAUCACAUUUUACUAAAACAGUGGUACUUUUCUUACUUUAAGAAAUUUCAAAGGAAAAAUCAUCAGUUUAAUAUUGUCUUUAAUUUAAAAAUGUAUAAAAACGUCUCCUAUCACUAUACCCUCCCGUGGGCAUACAAAAUUAACAGCAUUUUAAAAAUAAUUCACAUGGAACAAAUGUUUCAGCAAUGCACUAAUAAUAGUCAGAAUACCAUUUUAAACAUUCCCGUUUUUGGGUCCAUACAAAUAUUCGUUGGGAGAUCCCACACCAUUCUGCUAAUCGCCCAAAGUGUUAUCAGCGAGCCUGUUGGUGAUGCACAAGACGGUUUCACGACCACAAUACGGAAGAGUAACACUUAUGGGAAUCGGAAGAAUUACUACACCAAGUUUGUGUACAGCCUGGGUUCGAAUGACUACGGACAACUCGGCUAUUACAACUUGUUUGAGAAAAAUUUUAUCUACCACACGAUCGGCGUUGCGAGGGAGUCCCGGUGUGCAUCGGAAAGCAUACAUAACAGUGUGGAGGGCAGCAUGACGAGCAGUAUGAGAAACAAAACAGUGGGCAACCUAGCAAACGCGGUGGUUAACGGUCAUGCGAAGCCCCUCCCCUCAGCGUCUUCGAAGCAAAUUCAUCCAAGAGGUAACCGCCGCGAAAGGAAAUCCUUUCCCCGGGGAAGGAACAAAGACAUGAUGAACUUCUCAAAUCAUAGUCGAAAAAGAUGUAACUCCACCUGGGAUACCACGAAAAGGGAAAGUACCUUCAGCAGUGUGGGAUCCUCUCUAGAAGGAAACAAAAGCAUCGGUUCUCACCUGAGAGGAAAUUCGACACCUACCAAAAGCGGAAAAGGCAGCGCUUUUCCCCCCCAAAACCAGGGAGAAGAAGAGAAAAACUACACAGAGCACAGUUUAUGCAGCAAGUAUAAGAAAAAUAUCCAACAUUUAAUUUUUGAGCACAAACGUAAAUUCACAAUUGAUAAUAAACUUUUUUCGAACACCCCUGGGGGGGAGUCCAUGGAGGACAUUGUAGAUUACGAAAUAAUAGAUAAAAAAAAUGAUAAGGGGGAAAAUGAAAAAAUGGUGGAAUUCACCAAAGUGGUAAGUGAAACAAAUAAAAUUGCAAACAUUAGUUGUGGGUCUGAACAUACAUUAGCUCUAUCAGAAAAUGGAAAUGUAUACUCCUGGGGAAGUAACCUAUUUGGACAGUGUGGGCAAAAAUAUGAAAGAAGUAUAGUAAGAUAUCCUAAAGUAAUAAAACAUUUUUUAAAAAACAAAAUUAGGAUUAAGAAUAUUAGCUGUGCCUCCUAUCAUAGUGGCUACAUCUGUAGAAAGGGUGAUCUCUACAUCAGUGGCAAUUUCUUUUUUAUCAACUUGAAAUAUUUUAACGAGAAUGUGUACGAACCUGUGUUUUUAAUAUCUGGAUGUCAGGCAAUUCUUUGUAAUGACAGCUACAAUGUGUGCCUAAGGAGCGAUAAACGUUCUUUGUACAUUUGGGGGAAUAAUUACAAGUGCAUCUUAGGGUUAAAUAAAAAGAAGUUAAGAAACCUCGAUGAAAUAUCGAUCUACCCGUUGACUUUCCUUUCGCCAAACAUUAGCGUAAUCAAAAUUGCAUGUUCGGAUAAUUUUGUCUGUUUGAUUGCGAAGCCUGGGAAUACUAAACAUUCAGUAUACAUGUGGGGACAAUUUGCGCUUAUCGAAAAAAGAGAAGAAAGCUCCUCCCCCGUAGGUAUUCACACGUCUAACGUGUUUAACAAAUUCAGGAUUAAGCCUAAGAUGAACAAUUUGCGAAGCCCCUAUCCGGCGAGUGAAAAUAGCGGUGGCGACACCGCCGUCGCACACGGGAAAAUAAUAUUCAUUGCGAACCCUUGCCCUGUUCACGACUCCCUGUGGGAUUCUGUGGAAGCAAUUGAUGUGUGCUGCGACUUGGACGAAAUUCUGGUCCUAAUGAACAACCUCUGCUUGUACGGAUUCAGCGCAGUCGAAAUUGUCAACAGUGAUGAUAAAAAAGAGAAAAAGCAGGAAACGAACUUAUCUUACUCCUACUACCGAAGAAGAGAGAUGGAACAAAAAAAGGAAGAAAAAAUCCUCCACGAAGAACCAGAAAUUUAUGAUAACAUAAAACUUUUAAACCCAUCCCUCUACAUGUUUAAAUAUUUCAAGCCGUCUUACUUCAACAUAAAGAAAAUUACUUGCAGUUACAAUAGGAACAGCUUAUCAAUUAUGAAUGCAACAAUGGGCGAGUACAAAAUUCCCACUGUUGUCAAAAAGAUGGAAUUCGUCACCCCCUCGGGUGAUGUUAUGCAAUUCCCAGAAAAAAUACGAGAGGCCAUAUUAGCCAACGCGAAUAGGGAGUCCAACAAAUGGAUUAAGUCAACGGAUGAUCCCUACAUAAACCAUUUCCUAAUGAAAAAUUCAAGCGACUCGGACAGUGUUAAUUGA